AUGCCUCAACGAAAUAUGGACCAAGCUUUGGAGUUUGACCAAAACAUGACCCAAGUCCGGCGCCCUAGGGAUGAUCAAGAGAAUCAUGAAGGAACAGACGCAGAUGAGGGGCAGGGCACAACAACUAGUAAUAGGUUCUAUACCCAAUACGAUAUCCUCGCGCCGUUCACGAAGGCCGACGCAGAAAAGAUCUGCAUGGAGCCCUUCGAAUACACUAGGUCUCUUCCUGGCAAGAACACCGUUGGUAAGGUAAUCGAGAGCUUGCGGCCUUGGUUGAAUAUUUCCGAUCGUUCUGCGGCGGUCCUUACGGACGUCAUGACGAUGUUGCAGAAUUCGUCCUUGAUGCUAGAUGAUAUCGAAGACGGUUCUCAACUUCGGCGCGGUGCACCGGCAGCACACGUUAAAUAUGGCCUGAGCCAAACAAUAAACAGCACGACGUAUAUAAUUGCCAAGGUUGUCUCCGAGGUUCAGACUCAUCUCCGACUAGAGUGUGCUAAAGUUCUGUCUGAAGAACUCCAAACCCUCACCUUAGGUCAAGCUCUCGAUCUCAACUGGACAUUCAAUAAAACGUGUCCCAGUGUAAAUGAAUACCUUGUCAUGAUCGACCACAAGACUGGAGGUUUCUUCCGUCUGAUGCUUCGGAUCAUGGAGAUUGAAGCCAAUGCUACGCCAAACGACGAGCUACGUCAUUUAAUUACUCUGCUGGGGAGGUACUACCAAAUCAGGGAUGAUUACCAGAAUAUAGCUUCUGACGAGUACACCACCAAGAAGGGCUUCUGCGAUGAUCUUUCCGAGGGAAAGUUUUCGUUUCCUCUUAUCCAUCUGCUCGAGCAUAGUCCCAAUGCCAGUACGUUACACAAGAUGAUAUAUGACGGACAACCUGUGGACGAGGGGAAAAUGUCUGAGGAGGCAAAGUCGUACAUCAUCUCGCAGAUGAAGGAAGUAGGUAGCCUGGAUUAUACGCAGGAGGUUCUCAGUGGCCUCUUUAGCUCUAUAUGGGAGACGGCAGAGAGGACUGAAAAAGCUAUGGGAGAAAACAUGGGGUUCAAGGCUCUCUGCCAAUCAUUGAAACUGUGA